AAAAAAAAGACAGCUACUGAUGAUGAGAAAACUUAUAAAUAGGUUAGUGAAGUAGAGCAAGAGAUCCCAAUCCCUUUCCUCUUUUUUUUUCUAUACAAACAGCUCAUUCUUUCCCUUACAAACCUUUUUAUAAAUCACUCUAUACCCUACCCUUUGGUUUAAAAAAGAGAAGGCUUGCCUUUUAUUUUUACCUAUUCAAUUACUGUAUAUAUCCUUUUCUUUUUCCUUUUUUUUUUUUCUACCUUUUUUUUUGGUAUGACUUUGUCUGCAAACUUGACGUUGAAUGAAAAUGACCUUUCUGCACAUAAUGAUAGAAGAUCAGCUCAUAAUGCUCUUGAGCGCCAGCGCCGAGAGCAUCUCAACAUGAAGUUUCAACAAUUAGCUCAUGCACUUCCUUCGCUUCAAUCAGUUCGUAGACCGAGCAAAACUAUGAUUGUAUCGAAAUCUUUGGAAUUCGGUGAGUCUUUCAUGUUAUGCAGAUGAAAACGCUUUAAAAUUGCUCAAGCAACUUAUACGCGUUGUUUCCUAUCAAGUAUCUGCGAGCCUGAAAAGGGAAUCCAAAUACACUUCAGAAAUUCAGAAGUUACGUUUAGAGAACGAGAAAUUGAAGAGACAAGCUGAAGCUGCAUGCAAGCACAGUAAGAAAUCGCAACCCACAACUGAACAAAAGCAAUCCAUUGAAACCAGUAAAGAAGCCCUUUUACCCAAAGAUAAAUUGAUAUCUACUGCCAAGGAGAAGAAACCCUCGCUGAAACGAAGAGCUAGCUCUGACCUGCAGCUUUCUCCACCUCCUACACCCGAAUCCAUGCUUAAUAGCAAAGACGAAAGCGAUAUCCAGAAGCCAACAGAGCAACUGAUCGUACAUUCACCUAAGAAAAAAAAAAUGAUGAAGCAAACAAAGCCUCAUUUGACUGCUAC